CCAACACAUAUCUAGUGCGGUCAUAAUUAAAAACCAAAAGAUACCAGAUCUUGCAAUAAGCUGAACAAUAUCAAGUCCAUGGUGAUUAAUAGAGCUAUCUUUAUUAUCAUGUGCCUCGUCAACGGUUCUGACAACGUCCAGGUAUUGCCUAAGAUCUUGCCUGCAUUUUUCAAGGCCAUCUUCUCGAAUCGCACCAAUCCUUUUUGGGGUUUGAUGACUUAUUUAGAAAGUAGAAAGUGCAUAAACUAUGGAUCAUCUUAAUAGAUUAGAUAUAAGAAUACAAUACAACAUAACGUGCCCAUCACAGUAAACAAUUCCAAAGUAAGGAAUCAACUGAAUUCAAUGUUCGUCAUAAAUGUUUGCCUGCUUUUUUAAAAUUUUCUUUAAGGCAGUAGUCGUUGAACAUUAACUCCAGAGCUCUCAUGCUAUUAAUUUCUUCCCGCGGACCCCGUUGGCCCUUCUUCUCUCCUUUCUUUUCAAAUCUAACACAUCCGGUUUUUCUAAGCUUGUUCUAGUUCUUCCCAGACACGUUUAAUCUUCUCUUUCUUCACUCUCUCAGGAGUCAUGUCCAUAGCUGAUCCACCAGCGCCGGCCGUGGCGGGUAGUGGCCUCGGUUAUGGUAUUGCCAUAGCUGUUAGUAUCCUCGUCCUCAUUUCUACUAUAAUGCUUGCUUCUUAUGCUUGCAUAAAGGUUAAAGGUAAUGGUUUCGGCCGUAACAGCAGAAGCGAUCGUGGUGUCAGUGAUGGCUAUGGGCCUCACCGGCAUUUCACCACCAGGGAUUCGAUAGAUCUUAUGCCGGUGGUGGUGGUAGGCCUAGAUGAGCCCAUUAUAGAGUCGUACCCUAAGAUGGUGUUGGGCGACAGCAGGAGGUUACCCAAGCCCAAUGAAGGCCCAUGCCCCAUAUGCUUGUCUGAUUACCUGCCCAGGGAUACCAUACGGUGUAUUCCAUAUUGUAAUCACUGUUUCCACGCUGACUGUAUUGAUGGAUGGCUUAAGAUGAAUGCCACGUGUCCGUUGUGUAGGAAUUCCCCAGCUCCGUCGAAGGAUUCCACGCCUGUUGCUACUCCUUUGGCUGAGUUUGUGCCGUUGGCCUUCCAUGCCAGGUGAUUUUGUAAUGAAAAUAUUUCUUCCACUCUCAA